CUCCCUCCUGCCUUUCUGUGUCAAAGUUUGAAAGUUCCUCCAUCGCUAGGAAAUGGCCUCUCGCCUGUUUGAGGAUAAAAAUCAUGCUGCUUUCUAUCAGAAAUACAGGUUCUCGCUUCAGGAGAAUUUGCAAGCAGUGGUCCUCGCGUUCCUAGAGAAAAAGGUGAAUUGCUUCCAGCUGGGAGUGGACGUGGGAUGUGGUUCAGGUCAAAAUACUCUCCUGCUGGCCAAGUAUUUUGAGAAGGUGGUUGGAACAGAUGUCAGUGAAGCUCAGAUUGAGGAAGCGAAGCGAGCAGCACAUCCUCCCAAUGUCUCAUAUUUUGCAUGUCCUGCAGAGGAGUUGCCAUUUGAGGAUAACUCUGUGGAUCUCAUCACAGCCUUUACCGCUGUGCACUGGUUUGAUAUCCCCAGUUUCAUAAAAGAAAUGGACCGGAUUCUCAAACCAUCUGGCUGCUUUAUCUUGUGUUCCAACACCCUUAAUAUGCAGUGGCACUAUGGAGAUCAGUCAGAGAAGCUGACGGAGAUUUUCAAUGAGUUUCGCACCCAACUUCUUCCUUAUGCACAUGAAAAAAUCAAAUUUGUUCUGGAUGACUACAAGGCAAUAUUUGAUGCUCUGCCCUUUCAAGAUAAGGAAAAAAUCACAGAUAUUGUCGAUAAAAUUCCCAAAAGUGUCUCUGAAUUACUGGGAUAUCUCCAGUCUUUUUCUAUGUACCAGACUUUUCAAAAAGCCCAGCCUGAAGCAGCCAAAUCUCUCAUCCAGAACACUGAACGAAGGAUUCUGGAGACAAUGGGAGUUUCUUCAAAUGAAACCAUGAUGGAGAUUUGGACUCGACAAGUUUGCAUUCUGGGUAGCAAGAGCUGUAAAAAGUAAUUUUGGCCUCUUAGAAGUGUCCCAGCAGAAAAAAUUCCAAGCCAUUUCAGUGCCAAGCUUCAGUUCAAUAAUUACUAGUUUUGAAGAACUUUCCAAUAAAAGUAACAUCCUGUUUAUUUCUGAGAGGAGCGGAAAGCAAAUGUAAAAUUAAGUAACCAGGAGUAACAAUUAAAAAAAAUGAAAGAGCAGAAGGUGGAGUGAGAGGAACAUUGGACUUUAAUAGCUAUUCAAAUUUCUACCCAUAACACUCACUAACCUUGAGCUAAUUAUUACUAGAUUUCAAUUACUAAUUAAACUGAAGUUUGCUAGUAUA